AUGCUGAUAACCGCCUACCGUGAUGCACGUCCGGGGAUCCGCAUCGCCUACGGGACGAACGACCCCCUCCUCAAUCAACAGCGGAUGCACUUCCAAUCGCGCGUAUCCACAACCACAGUUCACAAACUUCUCUUCGCCGUCGACUGUGCCCCCAGCACCAUCUCGGAAGAGGACAUGCAAGGGAGCACGGACCUCUUCUCUACCGCCUACGAGAACUUCUGUCUGGUCACUAACACGAGAAGACGGUGGUCACGCAUCAAUCGCCACCCAAGACAGUCCGUCCCAACAGUGUGCUGCAGAUCAACAUGAGGGGAACCCAACUGGAAGUGGUGGAGAACUUGCCGCAUCUAGGCAGUACCUUUAUCCCAGCACGAAAAUUCACGACGUAGUGGCACGCCGGAUUUCGACAGGCAGUCAGGCUUCGGCUGUCUUCAAAACACAGUCUGGCAUCGUCACGGUCUCCAGCUUAGCACGAAGCUGACGACGUAAAAGGCCGUCAUCCUCUCGACAAUUGUGCAUGGAGCAGAGCCUCAGACGACGCACACGAAACAGGCACGUUGACUCAACCACUUUCACCUCAGUUGUCCUCGCUGCUUUCCGAAGUUGACUUGGCAGGACCGAAUCCCGGACCCUGAUGUACUAAAACGAAUAGCAAUCCUCAGCCCUCACGCCAUGCUGAGGCAACUGCAACUGCAAAGAAAGGGCCAUCUUGUGCGGUUGGGCGAAGAGUGGCUACCUAAACGACUUUUUUAUGGAGACGUCGCCAUGGGUCUCCACGGCCAAGGAGGCCAAAUUCGGCGAUAAAUGGAUACUCACGAGUCCUCCCUGAAGCGCCUGCAAAUCAGUCCGGCAAAUUGGAAAGACAUCUCCCCAAACAGAUCGACCUGGAGAAGGACAGUGAAGACGGGCGCUGCGAUCUACGAAGUCAUCCGCAUCGUCGCCGCGAAUGCCAAACGCGAAGACCACAAGUCUCAGCUGCGCCCAUCCCGGACUACGAACGCACAACCGCCUCCAACGUGUCCACGGUGCAACUGACAUUUCAGGUGCCAACUGGACUUGUUAGAUAUCUUUGGAUCAACUGCAGCACUAAGGGUGCACCAACCGGCGACCCUCCGUCUUCCUCUUCCUCGUCGUCUAAGCCGUCAACUAAUUCUGACCGCCUUCCUGAACCACCACUUCCAUCCUUCUCAUUCUCCCCAUCCUCCUUCACCCCUGUCCCAACGGCUGCCGUUGUGGCGCCUGUCACGCACGGUAACAGUACACAGAAUCCUGACACAACAGCAACCACCAACACCUACCUUCGUCGACAUCAGAGUUGA